AUGUUCAUCUGCAUGACGCACUGCAGUCCGUACCUCCUCGACUUUCAGAACGUCUGCGCGUCGAUCGCGUUCGUCAUGAAGAUGGCCACGUCGCCACGCUACCGCGUCUACGACCAAUUGACGACCGGCGUCUCGCCCGUCUACCCGAGGUACCUCGUGUACCAAGAGCUCACCAGCAUACCCACUGCGCUUCCGAAUUUACGUCGCAUGGAUCCGGGCUACCUCAACUACAUGAUCACACCGUACUGCUGGGUCGACUUCCAUCGGCGCUGGUCCAUCGCCCACACAAGCAAGCGCCUCGCGCGCUGUCUGUUGAGCGACAUCGACAAUGGGGCCGUGUACCUCGAGGCC